CGAGACCCGGAAAAGUAAAAAUAACGAAGUGGAUAGAUAUCGCUACGUUGAAUGUUGUAGAGCUCACUAGCAUUAUAUAAUGUCAGCACCACUUCAACCCAGAGAGGCUGGUAAAUUCAUUGCCGAGAACAGCAAAGAUGUAUUUGUGGAUUCAGAGGGCAUUUGGAAGCUUGCAGAGAAAUUGUUUGAGAAGAUCAACAGAAAAGAAAUCACACUGGCUGGCUGGAAGUCCCUGCAUGAGCUAAACCCACAAAGUUCUGGAGAAGAUGCUGUCAACUGGGUGUUCUUUGCGGACACUCUAAAUUUCUCUUUCUGGUCUGAGAGUGAAGAACAAAAGUAUCUAGUCAAGUACAAUGGAAAGGAGUACACUGGAUACUGGUCCUUAUGUGCAGCAAUAAACAGAGCCUUGGAUGAAGGAAUACCAAUCACCAGUGCCUCCUACUAUUCCAAUAUUACCAUGGACCACUUAAAACACGUAUUACGCUCCGACUCCGAUUUUCCCAUUCCGAUGAUAGAAGAACGGCUGCAAAUCCUUCACGACACUGGAAAGAUCCUUGUAGAAACGUUUGGAGGUUCCUUCCUGAAUGUUGUAAAGAUGAGUGAAAAGAGUGCGAUGGCGUUAAUGCAUUUGGUGGUGAAGCAUUUCCCAUCAUACUGUGAUGAGGCGACCUUUCAGGGUGAGAAGGUGGCCUUCUACAAACGUGCCCAGAUUCUUGUUGGUGACAUAUGGGGGGUACUAGAAGGCAAAGGUGAUGGCUGCUUCUAUGACAUUUCUAAAAUCACCAUGUUUGCAGACUACAGGAUUCCUCAAGCCUUGGUUCACUUUGGAGUCAUGAGAUACUCAAAGGAGCUGCUGCAAAAGCUACAUAAAGGUUGGCUUUUCCAAAACGGUGACGUGGAAGAAAUAGAGAUCCGUGGUUGCUCCAUCUGGGCUGUGGAGCUUAUCUGUGAACACAUACGAGAACUUUUUAAGAAAAAAGGGGAGAAAAUGAGCAAUGAGAUCAACCCUGUUUUGAUUGACCACUUCCUUUGGGACUAUGCUCGUGAUAACAGAGUGGAGAUAGACAUAAUUCCCCUUCACAGGGUGCGCUGCAUCUACUAUUAGUUUAACCUGAAACAUGAUCCCACUUAUUCAGUACUUGUGUAUGCAAAGUUUGGGAUAGUUCUGAUGCAUUGUACCAAGAAAUUCAAAACAAUGCAUAGGGAGAGGUUUUAUGAGAUGAUUAUAAAUUGCACUUCCAUAGCAAUGAAAGCACUGUUCCUGCAGUUAGCGCCACAUUUAGAAUUGUUCAUUUAAAAUUUAAAUCUUAGGCUUUUUAGCAGCUAACAGUGGUCUGUGAUUUAACUGAUCCUU